AGGUGCCGUACAUGACCUAUAAAAGAAGCCUGAAGCGGAAGUCCCGCCCUUUCCCCCCUCGCUGGCAGACUGAGUUGCAGUCAGCACACACCAACAUGCCUCGCAAGAUUGAAGAAAUCAAAGAGUUCCUGCUUACAGCUAGGAGGAAGGAUGCCAAGUCCGUUAAGAUCAAGAAGAACAAGGACAAUGUGAAGUUCAAGGUGCGUUGCAGCAAGUACCUGUACACUCUGGUCAUCACAGACAAGGAAAAGGCAGAGAAGCUCAAGCAGUCCCUGCCCCCAGGUCUGUCCGUGAAGGAACUGAAGUGAGGAGAUUGGCGUGUACAGAAUUUGGAUUUAUUGUAAUAAAAGUUACAAAAACACAA